UGGCGGAGCUGCCGCGGCGUCAGCCAGAAAGGCCAUGUGUUUGUUGUCUGCUUCUUUUUGGUCCCACGAUAUCACCGCCCUCAAUUUCUGCCCUUUUGUGGGCCCAACUUUGAGUUCAUGAUCCUCCAAUCAUAAGGCAGAAGAUCUUUCGAACAUCGUAUCCCUCUCCGCCGUGCGUCGACCACCGUCCACCGUCCACCGGCCACCGGGGCUGCCGCACCGAUCAGGAUAUGAUGGAUCCAGAGGCGGUGAAGAAAUACCUAACCGAGUCCGCCGGAAACGCCGUUGGCGCCCUCCCGGCGCGGUUCUUCGACGUCCUCGUCCUCAACGGCCUCCGCCUCGACCUCUUUGAGCCCGGCCGCGUCCUAUGCUCCUAUGCCGUUCCUCCUCGCCUUAGCAGCUCCGGCAACGUCCUCCAUGGUGGCGUCGUGGCGACGCUGGUGGAUGUGGUUGGAUCUGCGGCCAUAAUUAGCUCUGGACUUCCGACCACUGGGGUUUCGCUGGACAUCAACGUCUCUUACUUGGAUCCCGCCUUUACUGGUGAAGAAAUCGAGAUGGAAAGCAAGCUUUUGCAUGCUGGAAAGGCAGUAGCAGUUGCCUCAGUUGAAUUUAGGAACAAGAGGACUGGAAAGCUACUAGCUCAGGGACGACAUACCAAGUAUCUUGCUGCAUCCAGUAAAUUGUAAAUUGCAAUGACAUGUAUGUCAUCUUUGCAUUUCCAUAAAACAACUGUUUAAACUAUGUGCAGUUUGUCAUAGUAAUUUCAUGGUAUACAGAAAUAAUUGUUGGAGAGCACAGAUGAACUUUAUUUAUAUAGGUUUUUGAGUCUCUUACCCUUC